AUGGCCUUUGCGCCCAUGGGGCCUGAGGCCUCGUUCUUCGCGGUUCUGGACCAGCACAGGGCUUCCCUGCUGGCCGCCCUGAGGAGAGGCGGUGGGGAGCCCGCGGGCGGGGGGACGCCUCAGGCCUCGAGUUCUGAGGUUCUUGCAUCUAUAGAAAGUGUUAUCCAAGACAUAAUCACAAGCGUGGCAAGGAAUGAAGCACCUGCGUUCACAAUAGGCAACAGAUCAAGCUGGGAAAAUAUAAAGUUUGAAGAUUCUGUGGGUCUUCAGAUGGUAACUCACUGUACCACAAGAAAAAUCAAAAGUGAUUCACUAAAAUCAGUCAAAAAAUUUGCCCUAAUUCUUAAAAUACUGUCCAAGAUUUAUAAACUAAUACAGAGCAACACUUAUGCAACCAAAAGAGACAUAUAUUAUACUGACAGCCAACUCUUCGGUAACCAGACUGUCGUGGACAAUAUCAUCAAUGACAUUUCUUGUAUGUUAAAAGUGCCGAGGAUGAGUCUACAUAUAUUAUCUACAUCAAAAGGUUUAAUUGCUGGCAAUUUAAGGUACAUCGAAGAAGAUGGCACCAGAGUACACUGUACCUGUGGUGCAACAGCUGUUGCUGUGCCAUCUAAUAUUCAAGGAAUUCGAAAUUUAAUUACAGAUGCAAAAUUUCUAUUAAUUGUGGAAAAAGAUGCGACAUUUCAGCGACUCCUAGAUGACAACUUUUGCAACAGAAUGUCCCCAUGCAUCAUGGUUACGGGAAAAGGAGUACCUGACCUGAACACGAGACUUUUAGUCAAGAAGCUGUGGGAUACAUUUCAUAUUCCUGUUUUCGCUCUUGUUGAUGCCGAUCCACAUGGCAUAGAAAUCAUGUGCAUCUAUAAGUAUGGAUCUGUGGCAAUGUCUUUUGAAGCUCAUAAUCUCACAGUUCCAGCUAUCAGAUGGCUUGGUCUCCUCCCUUCUGAUAUUAAACGGUUAAAUAUACCUAGAGAUACUUUAAUUCCACUGACAAAACGGGACCAAAUGAAACUUGACAGUGUCCUAAAAAGACCUUAUGUUACUUGCCAACCAUUUUGGAGAAAAGAAAUGGAAAUAAUGGCAGACUCUAAAAUGAAGGCAGAAAUUCAAGCUUUGACCUUCCUAUCAUCAGAUUAUCUCUCCAGAGUGUACCUACCUAACAAAUUAAAAUUUGGAGGAUGGAUAUAA